UACCUUUCUAGACAAACAACCUUCUGUUAUUCAUUAUAAUUAUCGUAAUUUUUAUUUUUGCCUAUGGCAUUACAUCAAGAUCCAUGAUAGCUUAUGGCUCCAUCGAUUUCAGCAGCCGACACUUUUUUCGUAGUGUGGUCUACCCAGUUUAUUAUUUUGUUUUAGGCAGCUUUGAUAGUGAACUUGAAAAGUUGAACGGUAUAAAUAUUCCUUGAAAAAAAUCGAGUAAUUCUUCAUCUCUAUGUUCGUUUAUUUCUUCCUUCAGGCAAACCCGAUGCUAGUACUAAUACAGCCACCCAUAUCCUAUUCGCUUUUCAUAUGCUUUUCGUCAAUAUACUACUGAUUAACUUAUUAAUUGCCUUGUUCAGGUAUGUAAACACGAGAAAGUUAACCUAAAAAACCCGUUUAUAUAAAACCUCGUUUAGUUUCACAAUAACUGACAUUCAAACACAAGCACGUUAUAUAUGGGCCUACGAUCGUUGUGAUAUCAUUCGUAAUUACCACGCUAGACCAGCUUUGUUUCCUCCGUUCACCUUUCUCAUCUCAAUUGUACGAUGUCUUCAAUGGUGUCUGCGAAUGUUUUACAGAAACUGUUCUGCUAACAAAGCCUCCCAUUACGAGCAAUCGAGAUGUUUCAGUAAGCAGUCUUAUAAGUUUUGACAUCCGUAAUCAAAUAAAUGAAUAUCUCAUUGAAGCUUUCAUAUGUUUAUCUAAUUAUAUAUUUUUCAGAAAUGAUUCCAAUUGAUGAUACUGUUGAUUAUGCAUGGUCAGAAUUCGAACGAUAUUCAACGAAUGAUUACAUUCGACAAUUACUCGAUACCCAAGCAACUACUCUUGCAAAUGCAAUGAACACAAACAUAACGUGA